AUGGCGCAAGAAUACGCAUACAUCACCGGCGGUGCUAGCGGACUCGGCAAAGCCGUAGCCAUCCAGCUAGCCUCGAAGGGUAUAAAAUCGUUCAUCGCAGACCGUAAUACAGCUGGUGCGGAAGCGACGGCUCAAGAGAUUGGAGGAGACUAUGCCACCGUCGACGUGACUCUUUGGGAAUCCCAAGUCGCUGGAUUCAAGAAGGCAGUCGAGCUUUUUGGACGGGUAGACUAUGUAUUCGCCAUUGCGGGAGUAGGGCAAAACGAUUGGAUGCCGCGGACACAGGCGAAUGGUGACUUUGAGAAGCCUGAUCUUUCAGUCACGGAAAUCAAUUUUCACGGUAUGCUGAUGACUGUUUCGCUGGCAGUGCAGCAGUUCCGCCGACAGGUGGUGAAUGCACAUGGUUUCCGUGGGAAAGUGAUUGUCGCGGGCUCUGUCUGUGGAGUCUACCCAAGUCCAGGUCUAUCAAUAUACGCAGCAUCCAAGCACGCUGUAACCGGCUUGGUACGCUCAUGGGGACUGGAACUACCAGCUGAAGAAAUCACGUUGAAUUGUUUGAUUCCUAGCGUGAUGAGAACGAACAUUUCUUCGCCGGACUUUUAUGACGCCUUGGAAAGUGAGGGCCUGCUUACUCCGCUUCAUGGCGCUGUCGAUGCUUGUGAGCAGCUCCUGGGGUCUAACCCCGUGAGCGGCGAGUGCUUUGAAAUUGGGCCCGAUUAUGACAAUGGGCAGGGAACUACACACCCCAAUUUCGCGACUUUUACGGAUGAGAAACAUCGACUUGUAUUUGAUAGGUUGGCAGUGAGAGGUGCGUCGAAGUUGGGGGCUGGAAAGUCGAUAGCCACGGCAGAUUUCAAGUUUUGA